CACAAAUUUGCAACAACUGACGGCGGUGCUUGUCGAAAAAAAUAAAAUUAAAGUAUUGCUGCAUUUCUCCUACAUGCUGAUUUGUUCUCCCAGUCGGCGGAACUUCAUUAAUUAUUAGUGAACGCAAUAUCCUGUAAAUAUGCAAAAUUAAACCGCUACUUAGUACGCCAUAAAAGAUAUAAAAAAUGCAUUCGGUUGGCAUACACUCCGCUAUGGCGAUUAAGCGCCAGCGAAAGCGUCGUGAUGAACAGAAAAGGGCCAGAGAGAGACGCUACAGCACUCAGAGCAGCGAGAGCGGUGAAACUUUUCAUUCGCCCAGCGGAUCGGUGAGACGUAAAUAUCACCACCCACACCAUGCCGUCAAGCCGGGACCAGGCAUAGAUAGUCAGGUGGUGACAAGCAUUGGUAUGUUGCAUAUUGGUAUCGUGUUCAUUGUGUUUGGCGUUUUCCUCUGCGGCGCUGGCAUUAUACCGGAUGAGACCAUGUCCUGGAACGUGUUCAGUUCCAGCUCGGCUUGGUGGAAUGAAGUCACUUGUACUGGACUCUUUUCAUUCGGCUUAGGUCUAUUUCUACUAGUUCUUAAUUGUUUAAUUAGCCGCAAGGAGGAAGAAGAUCUCGAGGAUUACGUGCAACGUCAGCUGACCAGAUCACGAUCAGGUCAUCGCUUGGAGCGGGAUGUGGAAACUGGCGUGUUGACCACUCGACAUGCCCGCAAAGCGGUUGCAUUGCAAAAAAACGGCAGAAAUGGUCCGCCAUCGCCCACGGAUGUCGCUGUCGUGCAUUGUGGUUCGACGGAAAAUAAUAUAUCGAAUGGACAGAUAGUAGGUCGUAAUGGCAUAAACAAUUCCGGUGAUAUAUUAUUGGAGAAGAUUGUGGAGGAGGACGCACCGUAUUUGAAUGAACAUAGUGCGGGAAUAUCGCCAAUUGAAAUUGAGAAUGAUACAAAACAACUUCUAAGAAGGGAAUCAAUAACAGAUGCAAUCAAUAUAACACGCAUAUAAUACUUAUUUUAGGUAAUUUACUCUUAAACACUUAAAGAUGCUAUUUUAAACAACAUUUAGAUACUUAAAGAUGCUAUUUUUUCAAAAUCAUUAAUAGAUGUUACAGUUUAAACAAUCGAUACAAAAAGAAAAUACCAAAUUUCCAAUAGUUGUAAGAUAUUUAUAUAUACAUAAACGAACAUAUGUAAGCUACAUAAAAACAUAACAUUUUUUUAA